AUGAGCAAUGCAGUCAGGCGUCUCAACAGGAAUAAUCUUCAGGUUCUUCCGGAGUUGCUGUUUCUGGGCACGACCAAACUCUUCAGACUUGACCUGAGUGAAAAUCAAAUCCAGGGGAUUCCCAGAAAAGCAUUCAGAGGAGCUACUGAGAUCAAAAACCUGCAGCUGGACUAUAAUCAGAUUUCCUGCAUUGAAGACGGAGCGUUCCGAGCUCUGCGGGACCUAGAAGUACUCACACUGAACAACAACAAUAUCUCUCGUUUGUCAGUGGCCAGUUUUAACCACAUGCCCAAGCUUAGGACAUUUCGUCUGCACUCAAAUAGUCUGCUAUGUGAUUGCCAUGUGGCCUGGCUCUCUGAUUGGCUGAGACAGAGGCCCCGCCUUGGCCUCUACACACAGUGUAUGGCUCCGCCCUCUCUGAGGGGCCACAACAUUGCUGAGGUUCAGAGGAAAGAGUUUAUGUGUACAGACUUCAGUGAAGGGCCCCAGUCACACUCGUCCUGUAGUGUGCUGCAGUGUCCUGAGCUGUGCACCUGCAGUAAUAACAUAGUGGACUGCCGGGGGAAAGGACUGACUGAAAUACCCACCAACCUGCCAGAAACCAUCACUGAAAUCCGACUGGAGCAGAACUCCAUCAAGAUUAUUCCACCAGGAGCCUUCUCACCUUACAAACGGCUGCGGAGAAUAGAUUUGAGUAAUAAUCAAAUAACUGAAUUGGCUUCAGACUCCUUUCAAGGUCUCCGAUCUUUGAAUUCUCUGGUUUUAUAUGGGAAUAAAAUCACUGAACUUCCCAAAGGCCUUUUUGAUGGACUAUUCUCAUUGCAGCUACUGUUGCUAAAUGCGAACAAGAUCAACUGUUUGCGCGUAGAUUCUUUCCAAGACCUGCAGAAUCUGAAUCUUCUGUCACUUUAUGACAACAAACUCCAAACCAUCGCAAAGGGAACCUUCUCUUCUCUCCGAGCCAUCCAAACACUUCAUUUGGCCCAGAAUCCCUUCAUGUGUGACUGCCAUUUGAAGUGGUUAGCUGACUACCUGCAAGACAACCCGAUUGAGACCAGCGGAGCUCGAUGCACCAGUCCCCGCCGGCUUGCUAACAAACGCAUCGGCCAGAUCAAGAGCAAAAAGUUCCGCUGUUCAGCUAAAGAGCAAUAUUUUAUACCAGGGAUUCAUCAUAUCAAUAAGUGUGUGGAAGACUACCGAUCAAAACUAGGUGGGGAUUGCUUCGCUGACCUGGCGUGCCCAGAGAAGUGUCGCUGUGAAGGAACCACAGUGGACUGCUCUGGACAAAAGCUCACAAAGAUCCCAGACCACAUACCUCAAUAUACAGCAGAACUCCGCUUGAACAAUAAUGAAUUUACAGUGCUGGAGGCUACAGGAAUCUUUAAGAAGCUUCCUCAGCUGCGCAAAAUUAAUCUUAGUAACAAUAAGAUCACAGAUAUUGAGGAGGGCACAUUUGAGGGGGCCAGUGGAGUGAAUGAACUCAUACUGACGAGCAAUCGCUUAGAGAGUGUCCACUACAGCAUGCUGAAAGGCCUCAGCGGCCUCCGCACACUGAUGUUGAGGAGUAACAAGAUAAGCUGUGUCAAUAACGGUAGUUUUACUGGUCUGAGCUCUGUGAGACUGCUCUCCCUCUAUGAUAACCUGAUCACCUCCAUGUCCCCGGGAGCCUUUGACACACUACAUUCCCUCUCAACACUGAACUUGCUGGCCAAUCCGUUUAACUGUAACUGUCAUCUGGCCUGGCUAGGGGAAUGGCUCCGUAAGAAACGGAUUGUCACAGGCAACCCCCGCUGUCAGAGCCCAUACUUUCUUAAGGAGAUCCCUAUUCAAGAUGUGGCCAUUCAAGACUUUGCCUGUGAAGACGGUAAUGAUGAGAAUAGCUGUUCACCCCUGGCUCGCUGUCCUGCUGAGUGUUCGUGUUUGGAUACGGUGGUUCGCUGCAGUAAUAAAGGACUUAAGGUUUUACCCAAAGGCAUUCCUAAAGACGUUACAGAACUCUAUCUCGAUGGCAACCAGUUCACACAAGUCCCUCUGGAACUAUCCAAUUAUAAACACCUCACUCUCAUCGAUUUGAGUAAUAACCAGAUCAGCACAUUGUCCAACCACAGCUUCAGUAACAUUUCCGAGCUGCUCACCCUAAUUUUAAGCUACAACAGACUGAGGUGUAUUCCUGUAAAAGCUUUCGAUGGCCUCAAGUCUCUGCGCCUGUUGUCUCUCCAUGGUAAUGAUAUUGCUGUGAUCCCAGAUGGAGCUUUCAAAGAUCUGUCCUCGCUCUCCCACCUGGCUUUGGGAGCAAACCCCCUGUACUGUGAUUGUCACAUGCAGUGGCUCUCUGACUGGGUAAAGAGCGGCUACAAGGAGCCUGGAAUUGCACGGUGUACCGGUCCUGGAGAGAUGACCGACAAACUACUGCUGACUACACCCUCCAAGAAAUUCACAUGCACAGAGGUGCCGGGGACUUGUGGUUUUCCUGUGCCAGGUCUGGUGGAUGUGAGCAUUUUGGCAAAAUGUAACCCUUGUCUAUCCAACCCUUGCAAAAAUGAUGGAACCUGCAGUAACCAUCCUGUCGAUUUUUAUAGAUGCACCUGUCCAUAUGGUUUUAAGGGCCAAGACUGUGAGGAACCAAUUCAUGCAUGUAUCAGUAACCCCUGUCAGAAUGGAGGCACCUGUCAUCUGAAGGACGGAGAGGAGAACACUCACUGGUGUGUCUGUCUAGAUGGAUUUGAAGGCGACGAAUGUGAGAUAAAUAUUGAUGACUGUGAAGACAACGACUGUGAGAAUAACUCGACGUGUGUGGAUGGUAUCAACAACUACACCUGUCUCUGUUCACCUGAAUACACAGCUGCUAAUAAUAAUGAGGUGGAGAAAGGGGAGCUGUGUGAAGAUAAGCUGGAUUUCUGCACUUCAGAGCUAAACCUGUGUCAGCACGACUCAAAAUGUAUUCUAACCGCUAAAGGAUUCAUGUGUGAGUGUACUCCAGGUUAUACCGGGGAACACUGUGAGGUGGAUUUUGAUGAUUGUGAAGAUAACAAGUGUAAAAACGGGGCUCAGUGUACUGAUGCUGUGAAUGGCUACACGUGUGUAUGUCCAGAAGAGUACAGUGGGUUGUUCUGUGAGUUCUCCCCUCCAAUGGUCCUGCCGAGAACAAGUCCAUGUGACCACUAUGACUGUGCCAACGGUGCACAGUGCGUUGUCAAGGACACGGAUCCUGUGUGUCAGUGUCUCCAUGGUUAUGAAGGCGUGAACUGUGAGAAGCUGGUCAGUGUCAAUUUCAUCAACAGAGAAUCGUUCUUGCAGAUCCCCUCCAACCUCAUCACAGAACAGGCCAAUAUAUCACUACAGAUUGCCACAGAUGAGGAUAAUGGAGUGCUGCUGUAUAAAGGUGAUAAUGAACACAUUGCGGUGGAGCUCUACAGAGGCCGACUGAGAGUCAGUUAUGACUCGGGAUCCUACCCCCCAUCUGCCAUCUACAGUGUUGAGACUAUAAAUGAUGGCAGUUUUCAUGUAGUGGAACUGGUGGCAAAGGAUCAGUCUCUGUCUCUCUCCAUUGAUGGAGGAAGCCCCAAAUCCAUCAACACUGCCAGCAGCCCCAGCCCAGUACCCAGCCCUGCUCCACUUUAUCUCGGUGGAAUUCCUCAACAGUCUGGACUGGCCUCGUUGCGUUCCUCCGGGAGGAACGGCUCGAGUUUCCACGGCUGUAUCCGAAACCUCUACAUUAACGACCAGCUCCAGGACCUCACCCAGUUCCUGCUGCAGGAGGGGGUGGUGCCCGGCUGCCAGCCCUGCCAGCGGAGUGUGUGCGCUCAUGGGCAGUGCCAUGCUACUGGACAGUCCUCCUUCAGCUGUGAGUGUGAGGCAGGAUGGACCGGCCCGCUUUGUGACCAGCAGAUCAACAACCCAUGUGACGGGAACAAGUGUAUCCACGGCUCCUGUCUGCCCAUAAACUCAUACUCGUACAGCUGUCGCUGUCAUCCAGGCUUUGCAGGUGUAUUAUGCGAUGAAGAGGAGCAGCUGAGUCCCUGUCAGUACAUAGCGUGUAAACACGGGCGCUGUCGUGUGUCUGGGCUGGGGAAGGCCUACUGUGAGUGCAACAGUGGCUACACAGGGCCAAGCUGCGAUAGAGAGAUGGCGUGUCGGGGGGAACGGGUCCGAGAUCACUAUCAGACGCAGCAGGGCUACGCAGCGUGCCAAAGCACAGAGAAGGUCUCCCGUUUAGAGUGUCGGGGCAGCUGCGGGGACGGGACCUCCUGCUGCGCCCCCCUCCGCAGCAAACGAAGGAAAUACACCUUCCAAUGCACAGACGGAUCCUCUUUUGUACAGGAGGUGGAAAAGGUCGUCAAGUGUGGCUGCACAAAAUGUCCAUCCUAAAAACGAAAAAGAAGAAAUACAUCCUCACACCCCCCUCUUUUGAAGUCUCCUGUUUUGUUUGACCUUUUUUGUCAGUGUUGGACUAAUGUCUUUUCCUUCAAAGGAGAUAAUGGAUUACUGUAAGAUAAAGAACAAACCUAUUUUUUAUUAACCUUC